GCGACUGUCGACGCUUGGCAUGAACAGUGCGAUGUAAGUGAUUAUCGGGCGACAAAAGAACCCACUCUCAUGGCACAAGAAUGCAUAGGCGACGGGUCCGAAGAAGAAGGAAAAUCGUGCUCGACCUGCACGGUGUUCAAGAGCAAGUGCACGUACGUUGCGACUACGGAGGUGCGCAAGAGGCGUUAUGUGGAUGGCGAAUAUGUCAGAGCUUUGGAAUCGGAGGUGAUGAGGCUGCGGCUUACGGUUCGGCAGCUGCAAUCAAGGCUCGCCGAACUGGAAAAUUCUCGAGUUGCAAGUGCCUCUACCGCGAGCAGCCCGACGUACUCCUCUCCCAAUCACACGCCAUCGGCUACAGACGUUCCUGUCAAGCAGGAGGAAACCGGGGAAGAUGAGGGUCUCGUAGAAGGUUUCAAGUAUAUGAGUAUCGAUCACAAGCCCGCUCGCUUCAUGGGCAGGUCCAGCAACUUCCCCCUCAUCAACGCCGCGCUCAAAAUGAAGCGAGAACUCGUUAAAGACAACAGCAGCCCGUUGCCCGAUGGAGGGUGCAAUCCUCUGAUGCUGUCGAAACGGCGUCCAGAAUUCUGGAUAUCUAUCUCUGACUUUAUCCCGCCAGAACUCCCAUACACCGAUUUCCCGGAACCCUCGCUCAUGAACGACCUCCUCGACAACUACUUCCAGAAGAUCCACAAGAACUUCCCUCUGCUCCACCGCCCGACGUUCCUGCAGAACAUCGCCUCGGGGCUACACCUCACCGACGAGGGCUUCGGCGCGACGGUGCUGCUCGUGUGCGCCUUAAGCGCGCGCUUCUCGAACAACCCCGCUGCGCUCACGUCCGGCCUCACGAGCUGGCACUGGGCGGGCUGGCAGUGGUUCCAGCAGGUUCGCGCCGUGCGCAAGCUCAUCCCGCUGACAACGACGACGCUCUACGACCUGCAGGUUGCCGCGCUCGGUGGAGCGUAUGUCGCCAACUUGGCGGUGCCGCAGUCGAACUACGCGAUUCUGGGCUGCGGUAUUCGGCUUGCGCAGGACUUGGGUGCGCACAGACGGAUGGCGUACGGGCCGGAGCCGACGGUCGAGGGUGAGCUGAGGAAGCGCGCAUUCUGGUGCCUGUUGGCGAUGGACAGAGGCAUGUGCUCCAUUCUAGGGAGACCGUGCAGUGUCCAAGAUGAGGACUUCGAUGUUGAUUACCCUAUCGAAUGCGAUGACGAGUAUUGGGUGACGGACGAUCCACAAAAGGCGUUCAAACAACCUGUUGGGCAGCCUUCUACCGUCGCACACUUUAACUGCGCUAUGAGGCUAGAGCGGGUGCAUGCGCACGCGCUACGUACUAUUUAUUCGUUGCAAGGGGCCAGGAGCCUUUCGGAUCCCGAGCAUGCGCAGCAGAUCGUCGCGGAGCUGGAUUCGGAGCUGAACCAAUGGGUGGACUCGAUCCCUGAGCACCUGAAAUACGAUCCCAACAGAGAAGAUUUUCCCUUUGCUGGCCAAUCCGCCUCGCUUUACGCGUCGUACUACCACCUGCGGAUCUUCAUCCACCGGCCGUUCAUCACCACACCACGGAGGCGCGUGCCGCUGCCGUUCCCAUCGCUCGCGAUCUGCACGAACGCGGCGCGGUCGUGUAUCCAAGUCCUCGACAGGCACUUUGCCCUGUCAGGCCCAGCGCUGGUGUUCCAAUACCAUCUGGCAUCGUUGUUCUCGUCUGCGAUCAUCCUGCUGUUGCAUGUGUGGAGCGAGACGCGGUCAGGGUCUGCUACCGACGUCGCGAAGGAACUUGAGUGCGUCCACAAGGCGCUGCGUAUAUUCAAGAACCUUGAAGGAUGGUGGAACGUUGCUGGUCGGUUCUGGGACAUCCUCUACGACCUCAUGGCCGCCGUCGAGUCUACACAGAACAGCAACGCUCGCGGCGCGCACGAACGUAGACCAGACGACGACGAUGUGUCUGCGCACGGCAUCUGCUCGGACUUCCUGACGCACACUCGGCAGCCUUCGACCGACGCACCGACCACGUACGUCAAUGGCGUGCAACGGCAGCCGCGAACAGCGGCGAACCCUCCAUCCCUGUCCCAGCCGAACUUCAGUUACGCGCCGCCGCCUCCGCGCGUUGAUGGCUCCGACGACCCGACCCUCUGCUCGGACAGCAGCUUCUGGCGAGACCCGCCUCCGGCGCAACAAGAGACAGGUGCACAGGCACCGUUCGGGCUGCCGCAGCCACAACCUCUCGGCGACGCCUACACAUCGAACCCUGACCUCGAGGCGAUCUUCGCAGAUUUGCUGCCCACGCUGCCGCACGAGGACCCGUUCCCGUUCGCGGCGAUGGCGCGCGGCGUGCCGCCGUAUCUCGCAUCAGGCCAGCCUUUUGAGGGCGGCGGGCCUGCAGGCGGAGGAGCCUCUGGAGAUCAGCCGUACGCGCACUCUGAGGGUUUCAUGGACGUGCGGUUUCUAGGUACAGGGAUGCCGUUUGUGUGGGGAGCGGGAACUCAGGGUGGCUCGUUGUGAGAGCAUGUUGGUAGUUACAGUGGAGGGAGGCGGCCCUUUGCUGGUUGUGUCUCGUACACACCGCUUGUGCUUUCUAGUCAGCUUAGUAUGAACACUUAUGCUCUAAACUUCACGGAAUGAACUUGUU